AUGGAUUCCGGAACUGAUUGGUUAUGUGAAAUUUUACAAAAUGUACAACUCGAACAAUUUUAUUUACCAAUCCGAGAUCAACUACAAAUCACUAGGCUUGCUCAUUUUGAUUAUGUCCACACUGAGGAUCUAGAACGAAUUGGUGUUAGCAAACCUGGUAUUCGUAGACUACUAGAUGCAGUACGAAAAAAGAAAUUGCAAUUAUGGAACAGGAAAUUUUGGAAUAAACUCUUUGGCUCUUCAGGUUCAGUUUCAAAAGAAAAGACAGAGAAUAUAUUAAGACCUCAACCACAGACUGAAGCUAGAACUACAUGCAUUAUAUUAGAAAAGGACAUUGUAUUACACAAUGAGUUAGGAAAAGGAUCAUUUGGCGUAGUACGCAGAGGUGAAUGGAAAGUGUCAGAACUAAAUCAAACCAUAGCUGUAGCAGUUAAAGUCUUAAAGGCAGAUGCAUUUACACAGCCAGGAAUAUACGAUGAUUUCAGAAGAGAAGUAGAGGCUAUGCACAGCUUAAAACACCCUAAUCUCAUAAAGUUACAUGGUGUAGUCUUUCAUCCAUUGAUGAUGGUCUGUGAAUUAGCUACUAUGGGUGCUUUACUUGAUUAUAUCAGAGCUCAAAAUGGAAAAGUGUCGUUGAACUACAUAUCGAAAUGGUCGGGACAAGUUGCAGCUGGCAUGGCUUAUUUGGAGAAAUGCAGAUUUCUACACAGAGAUCUUGCGUGUAGAAAUAUUUUAUUGUCUAGUUUAGAUCUGAUUAAAAUAGGUGAUUUUGGUUUGAUGCGAGCAUUGCCAGACGCAGAUGAUUGCUACGUGAUGAGUGAGAGACGGCGUGUGCCAUUUCCGUGGUGUGCGCCUGAGUCUUUAAGGUCGCGGCAAUUCUCACAUGCAUCGGAUGUAUGGAUGUUUGCGGUUGCAUUGUGGGAAAUGUAUACUUUUGGGGAUGAACCUUGGAUAGGACUAAAUGGUUCGGAGAUAUUGCGUCUAAUAAUGCGCGAAGGACAGCGUUUGUCGGCUCCCGUCGCCUGCCCACCAGACGUCUAUAUGCUGAUGAUGCAAUGCUGGGACCUAAACCCAAAAGAGCGACCAACAUUCUCCGGCAUAUUACAGUAUAUGGACGUGAAUAAGUUCGAAACUGCUCUCGCUGAUCUUAGCUACAGAAAGCAAGGUCAGAUGACAAUAGAGGCAGGCGACGCCAUUAUUCUGAUUGAUAAACGUGUCGAGUUGCAUUGGUGGAAGGGGCAGAAUCAGCGCACACUAGAAAUUGGAUUAUUUCCUAGUACUAUCGUAACAGUAUCGAGAAAUAAGAAUGUCCAAGCUGUCAAGAAAGCACAAACAUUGUCGCCGAGCAGACGAAACUCUACCAACACCUCUCCACCCGUGACGGCAGAUGAAUCAGUGAUCCUGCGCAAGCGCAGAACGAUAGAAUCGACUCAACCGACGACAACACGAGCCGGGAACAAUGCGAGCAAACACUUCAACUAUAAUAAACUUACGAAUGAUAGGACAUUACACAAUGAAAGGAUUGCGAGGGCAGCCAGAGAUAGUCAGGCGAAGAGCCUGAGUCAAGUGAAGGAAGACCUCCUCAUUGACUUAGACCUUCCGCCGGUGACAGGUGGCGCCACUAAACCAGCCAAUCAGAAUCUCUCGUUACUCGAUGAACCCAUUGAUGUACCUGAAGUUGGACAAGAAGCGGACUGGGGACAGCAAAGUAUAGAAAGCCUACCCACAUAUUCAUCAAAUGUCCAAACCCAACCGAAUCUAUUUGGUGCUAAAUCUUUAGACAAUCUCAAUUUUUCCACCCCUAGUACAUCUAUACGAAACGACCCAUUCGACACUUCACAAUUCUCAAUAUCCAGACCUUACGAUACUCGACCGAAUUAUGAUAUUAAUAGCGAUACUCAAGAAUCUCAAACCUAUCCCAACCUAAAUUAUAAUAACGCCGUCUCCACACAUACAAAUCCCAAUUCGGAUUUAAGUGUAACGAAUUCUUUGGCCCAAAUCUCAUUAGACGAUAGGAUAUCGGACUCUCUGAAUCUCAGAUCGAAAAACACGAAUCUACACAACAGCGGUCCCUCGACCUCCGACGAUUUUCCAGUGUACAAUAACUUCGAUAUUAACCCGGAAUUCGCGUUGGAGACCUUCGACUAUUACUCGAAAUCGAAUAAUCAAAGCGCCAAUUACGAGAAGAACAUAUACGUGCCGAAUGAUGAGAGCGAGAAAUUGAGGAAUUUCAGCGAACAGCUGGAGAAUUCCAAGAAUUAUUCGGCUUUUAAGUAUCAGAAUGAUUUGGGGUACGGGUACGGUGCGUCGACGUCACGACGGGGUUACGACGAAGUGAGCGAUAACGUGUAUAGUGAAAUCGAGAGUCGGUACUACGCGCCGACGUACACGAACGCGUGCUUGUACGACGAAGUGUACGAACCGACGCCCAGACCGCAUCGACCCGCGCCGCCUUGCCCUUCCAAACCGAAAUGA